GUAAAUUUUCAAAAAUUUAAAUCUUUUCCCCUUGGAGCAUCAGCCAUCUUGGUCUAUGACGUCAGACGUGAAAAAGCCUAAUAUCGUCCAGCGCGGUAUAUUUUUUUUCAACUUACCGCAUGUAUUCAAAGUUCAUUAUUGAAAAAUGCAAGAUCCAAUUCAAAAGUUGAUAUGACAUAUCUUGGCAAUAAAGAGUAAGAAUUAGAAUCUUAAAUCUCAAAGUGACGCCUAGCACACCCAAAUUAUCCGAUUCUCUCAUUACGAAAAGAAUAAACAAAAUUGUAGAAAGAAACAGGUGGUUGUAGCAUAAUUUAAAUAAGGAAUAAAUCGAAAAGUAUAGUAUGGAGAAUAAAACGCAAGUGAAAAAUGAACCACAAGAACCAUCGGAUUCUGAAUCUCAAACAAUUCUUAAAAAAGAAAAGGAAAACAUUAACAAUAAAGAAGAAAGUCCACCGGCCAAAAGAGAUUUUCAUGGAAAAACUAAAAAUUCAUCGUCUGAAAGUACGAUACUGCCACCACCACCUCCUCCAACGAUGCAAACCAACAUUUUCUUUGAUCUAUUUUACGACGGACCUUACGAUCUAACAUUGUGCAAUCGCUCCUGGGGAAUUCACAGAGUGCCACCACCAAAUCGAGCGAUCGUUCUAUCCGAAAUAACAUUUGCAUUGUUUAAUGUUGCAAUGUCUCCAUCGUAUAAAAAACAAGUAAUAUUUACGGAUCACCUCAAAUUUAAAGCUUUUGUUCUUGAUAAGCUUGUAGUAGAGAAAACAUUGGACAAAUUGAAUACUCAAGAAGACUUUGAACAAUCCUUUGCAGAAAUAGUUAACAUGGUAGUAUGCAAAGGGGGACCUAACAUCGAAGACAAUCAAGAUAUAUUGUUACGAUGUGCGUAUAAAGACUUUUAUAGUAAUCGUUGGAGACAUAAAUCGUGUACAAUAAUAAUUGAAAGAGGAGAAGAAGUGUGUAGGCCAUGUUUGUAUUUGGUAAGUAUUCUCAGGAGUGGAUAAAAGUACAAUUUAAGAGAUAAUGAAACGAUUUUAACGAAUUGAAGGUGCUUUAAU